UUCCGUUAUCUUCUCUGCAGGGGUUUAGGGUUUUGUUCCUCCGUCUCCUCUCAUUUGGACGAGAGAGGGAAAAUCAAUGGCUGCGGAAACCGGAAGCCAUGGCCAACCUCACAAAGCUCACCGGUCGCGGCAGGCCGGGCCGUCUGCGAAGAAGAAGAAGAAGGGCGGUUCCAAGUCCGACAAGGAGAACCUCUCCGAGGAGCAGAGGCGGCAGCAGAACCCCAAGGCAUUCGCCUUCAAUUCCUCCGUCAAGGCCAAGCGGCUGCAGUCUCGCUCCGUCGAGAAGGAGCAGCGCCGCCUCCACGUCCCAACCAUCGACCGCACCUAUGGCGAGCCUGCCCCGUACGUCGUCCUUGUUCAUGGACCCCCCAAGGUUGGGAAGUCACUUCUGAUAAGGUCCCUCGUGAAGCACUACACUAAGCAUAACUUGCCGGAAGUUCGAGGACCCAUUACCAUUGUGUCUGGCAAGCAAAGGCGGGUGCAAUUUGUGGAGUGCCCAAAUGAUAUCAAUGGCAUGAUUGAUGCCGCCAAGUUCGCCGAUCUAGCGUUACUGCUUAUUGACGGAAGUUAUGGCUUUGAAAUGGAAACAUUUGAAUUUCUCAACAUUCUGGACACUCAUGGGCGCCCAAAUCUCAUGGGUGUCCUUACUCACCUUGAUAAGUUUAAGGAUCCGAAGAAACUUAAGAAAACAAAGCAGCGACUCAAGCAUCGUUUCUGGACUGAGACUUAUCAGGGAUCAAAACUGUUUUACUUGUCUGGUCUAAUUCAUGGAAAGUACCUUAAACGCGAAGUUCACAAUCUUGCGCGGUUCAUUUCUGUUAUGAAAUUCCGUCCUUCGUCUUGGAGAAGUGCUCAUCCAUAUAUUCUAGCUGAUCGUUUUGAAGAUGUCACUCCUCCUGAAAGAGUGCAGCAAAAUAGCAAAUGCGACAGAAAUGUUACUCUUUAUGGUUAUUUACGGGGCUGCAAUUUGAAAAGGGGCGCAACGGUGCAUAUUGCUGGAGUUGGAGAUUAUAGUUUAGCUGGGGUGACAAGCUUAGCUGAUCCUUGUCCUUUGCCAUCAGCAGCCAAAAAGAAGGGACUCCGAGAAAAGGAAAAGUUAUUUUAUGCACCUAUGUCUGGAGUUGGUGACCUCCUCUAUGACAAGGAUGCUGUCUACAUCAAUAUUAAUGAUCACUUUGUUCAGUUUUCAAAAACUGAUGAGGAAAAUGGGGAAGUCAAUCGAAAAGGAAAGGAACCAGAUGUGGGUGAGGUUUUGGUGAGGUCACUCCAGAACACAAAAUAUUCAGUUGAUGAAAAGCUAGAGAAGAGUUUUAUUGACCUAUUCGGACGGAAACCUGAUGUCUUCUCGAAAGCUAAUGGGGAAGCAAAGGAUAUGCAGCAAGCUGUGGCUCAGGGUCAUGAAAUGGAGCCUCUAGGUUAUCUAAAAUCCGGAGAAGAUUCUUUAUCUGGUGAGACUGAUGCUGAGAAUGUGGAUGGUUCAGAAUCUUCUGAUCAGGAUGAAUAUGAUAAUGCCAACGAAUCAAUGAAACAAACCUUUAUUAAAGAUGGCUUUACAGAACAUGUUGAGUUUCAUGGGGGAAGGAUGAGGAGGAAAGCUAUUUUCGGAGGUGAUGCUGAUUAUGGGGACUUAGAUGCAGAUUCCGAUGGAGAGAAUGAAGAUGACAAUAAUGAGGAUGAUGUUCCCGGAGAUGAUGAAGAUCUUAGUGAUGAGGAUAAUAAGUCAUCUGAUUCUGACGUUUUAGAUGAUGAUGAUGAUGAUGUAGGGGAUAAUGAAGAGGAUAUGGGUAAUGUUUCAAAGUGGAAAGAAUUUUUGGUGGAGAGGACAGUCUCAAGGCAACAUAGGAAUCUUAUGCAUGUUAUCUAUGGGACAACUGCUGCAGUAUCAACUUCUGUAAAUGAAGGACAGGAAGAUGCAGACAGCGAGGAAGAGGAAUUUUUCAAGCCAAAGGGAGAAGGAAGAAAGAAUGUGAGAGAAGAUUUAGCUGCUGAAGACAUUAACAGAGAAGACUGUUCAAAGUUUGUUGGAAGCCUGAAAAAGUGGGAAGAUGAAGAGGCUGUUGAAAGUAUUCGUGACCGUUUUGUUACUGGAGAUUGGUCAAAGGGUGCUUUCAGAAAUCAAAUGUCAGAGGAUAACCAAGAAGUUGAUGAUGAUGUUUUUGGUGACUUCGAAGAUUUGGAAACUGGAGAGAAGUAUGGAGAUGACCAAGCGGAGGAAUCUGAAAAAAAGGCUAUGCAAAUGGAGGAUGAUGCAGUGAUUGAGGAGAGGAGGCUGAAAAAACUUGCUCUUCGGGCAAAGUUUGAUUCUCUCUAUGAUGGAGAAGCACCAGAAGAGGAUGAUGAUGACAAACAGGUUGGAGAAUUUCACCACAGUAAAGCACAUGAAGGUGGCUAUUUUGACAAGUUAAAGGAGGAGAUUGAACUUCGGAAGCAGAUGAACAUAGCAGAGCUUAACGACUUGGAUGAGACGACUCGGAUAGAGAUAGAGGGUUUCCGAACAGGGACCUACUUGAGGCUGGAGAUUCAUGAUGUUCCUUAUGAGAUGGUUGAACAUUUUGAUCCCUGCCACCCUGUACUGGUUGGUGGAGUUGGUUAUGGCGAGGAGAGUACUGGCUACAUGCAGGCAAGGUUAAAGAAGCACAGGUGGCACAAGAAAGUUCUGAAGACCAGAGAUCCCAUAAUUGUCUCCAUUGGUUGGAGGCGUUACCAGACAAUACCAAUUUAUGCUAUUGAGGAUCGCAAUGGAAGGAAUCGCAUGCUGAAAUACACACCAGAGCAUAUGCAUUGUCUUGCCAUGUUCUGGGGUCCGCUUGCACCACCCAAUACUGGGGUUAUUGCGGUCCAAAGCUUAUCAAACAAUCAGGCAGCAUUUCGAAUAACAGCAACUGCAGUGAUUCUUGAAUUUAACCAUGCGGCACGGAUAAUGAAGAAAAUAAAGCUGGUCGGUUACCCUUGCAAGAUUUUCAAGAAGACUGCCCUUGUAAAGGAUAUGUUUACUUCAGAUCUUGAGAUUGCAAGGUUUGAAGGUGCAGCAGUUCGAACUGUGAGUGGGAUUCGUGGGCAGGUGAAAAAGGCAGCAAAAGAGGAAGUUGGUAAUCAGCCAAAAAAGAAAGGAGGACAACUCCGAGAAGGGAUUGCGAGGUGUACCUUUGAGGACAAGAUUCUCAUGAGUGAUAUUGUCUUUCUUCGCGCAUGGACCCAAGUCGAAGUCCCUCGCUUCUAUAAUCCAUUGACUACAGCCUUGCAGCCUCGUUCUCUGACAUGGCAAGGAAUGAAAACCAUUGCCGAACUUAGGAGAGAAAACAACAUCCCGAUUCCCAUAAACAAGGAUUCUCUCUACAAGCCAAUUGAGAGGAAGUCGAGGAAAUUCAACCCAGUGGUGAUUCCUAAAUCACUGCAAGCAGCUCUACCAUUUGCAUCGAAGCCCAAGAAUGUCCCCAGCAGGAAGCAGCCACUUCUCGAGAAUAAAAGAGCCGUUGUUAUGGAGCCACAUGAGCGAAAAGUCCAUGCUUUUGUACAACACCUGCAACUGAUUAGACACGAGAAGAUGAAGAAGCGGAAGCUCAAGGAGGAGCAAAAGAGGAAGGAGCUCGAAGCAGAGAGGGCGAAGGACGAGCAGAUAUCGAGAAAGCGCAAGAGAGAGGAGCGGCGCGAGAGAUACAGGGAGCAAGAGAAGCGGAAGAAGAUACCUCGGAAUAAAUCACACUAAUGAAUUGUUUUGUCUAUUACCUCCAUCAAUAUUGCCUGCAUCAGGAUGUGCCUUUUGCUGCUGAAAUCUUUUCCAGUAGAAAAUCGGAUCGGAGGAGCGUUACCCGGAGUUUCUGCAAUAACCGUCAUAUUGAUGUAUUUAUCUCCCUGAAUGCCUCCUGACCUGUUCGAGAACCCUUCGAUGCUUCACUCAGUACUUUUUUACAUGUGAAUAUUUUUUGACCUGUUGAAACUGAAAAGCCUGACUUGAUUACAGGCGAGUCGGAGAGAAACCCUCGGUGCUCCUACUCGUGCUUCAAGGCGGGAAAAUGUUUUGAUCACUUCUGAGGGAACUGGGAGUAACUGUGACUUAUAAGCUAAGAUGGGAUGUCUAUGGAGAUCUCUAAUAUUGUAGCAACUCUGUUUUACGCAAACAUUGACUCCUCGUAGCUGUCGCGUUAUCGAAAUUGAUAGCAAUUUCAUUUGUAUCUCAAGAUUUUCUUCAUCACCUUAUCAACGCCAUUUAUUGGCCAUCCAUCUUCGGAUUCGUAGUUCUUUCGAAUC